AAGAGUGAGACCUCAUCUUCAUUCGUCUCUUCGACUUGUCUUCUGUCCGUCUCCCGUACCUUCACUUUCUUGUCCAUUGUUGUCUUUCCUUGUACUCUUCUUCCUCUCUAUCCUUCCAUUCCUCGCUUUCGUAACUUAUUCCUAUCAUUAUGUGCCGCUUCCGCCAAGUCUGCAACGUCUACAACCGCUGCGGCCAUGCAGAGAACCUGACCGACCAACUGAUCCAAUGCGACUCCCGCACCUGCAAGUUUAGCCCCAACCACCCGGCUAAUUGCAAGCCGCCCUCGUGCACGAAGACCUGCUUCCAGUACAAGCAGUACCCUGAGCAGUUCUCUCCGCAUAUCGAUGCCUAUUGCCCCAAGUGCGCUGCCAAGCUUGGUCGCAGCCGCUAAACGCAUCCCCGCCUAUAAUGGGGUGGGCCGGCAGA